GCCCGCGGCCGUUGCUAGGAACGCUCAGGCCGGCGUGGAUGGUGAGCGGGAUGGGCCCAAACUGAACCAGCGUUCAGGAACGCGGGCUCCCUCACCUCCCCGUUCCUCGCCACAGCCGCGCCCUGGUCGCCCUGCCCGUAUCCUCGCUUUCCAGGGCUGGAAGGGUGCGAGGGCCCGAACACUGCCCGCGCAACUGUUGGUGCCGGGAUACCAGACCCGUAAAGCUGAGUCUUCUUCCCAGAUUGUUGGUUUUAGGAAGAUGUGAUGGGAGGAAAAAGUGCAUCCAAAAUCAAAGUAGAAACAAGGGUCGAUAAGCGGAUCGAAUCGGAGGAGUCGGAAGAUGAAGGGAAGAAGCAAGCGGUGCGCUUAGUAACAGACCUCAGCCAGCAGAGCCUGAGAGAUGAGCAGAAUGGUGAGAGCUCCCCAGGAGAAGCAGAGACACCAGUGGACAUGGAAACAAUUAGCCUGGACCCAGAAGCUGAGGAUGUUGACCUGAAUCAUUUCCGAAUUGGAAAGAUUGAAGGGUUUGAGGUGCUCAAGAAAGUGAAGACUCUGUGUCUGCGUCAGAACUUGGUGAAGCGCAUUGAGAACCUGGAGCAAUUGCAGACCUUGCGGGAGCUGGAUCUCUACGACAAUCAGAUUCGGAAGAUCGAGAACUUGGAGGCUCUUGUGGAUCUUGAGGUCCUGGACAUCUCGUUUAAUGUUCUGCGACACAUUGAAGGACUAGAUCAGCUUACCCAACUUAAAAAACUCUUCCUCGUCAACAACAAAAUCAGCAAAAUUGAGAAUUUGAGCAACUUGCAGCUGUUACAGAUGUUAGAGUUGGGAUCCAAUCGAAUUCGGGCUAUUGAAAACAUCGACACCCUGACUAAUCUUGACAGUCUGUUCCUGGGAAAGAAUAAAAUCACCAAGCUCCAGAACUUGGAUGCACUGACAAACCUGACCGUGCUCAGUAUACAGAGUAACCGUCUGACCAAGAUUGAGGGGCUGCAGAGCUUAGUGAACUUGCGUGAGUUGUACCUCAGCAACAAUGGCAUUGAAGUCAUCGAGGGACUGGAGAACAAUAACAAACUCACAAUGCUAGACAUUGCAUCCAAUAGAAUCAAGAAGAUCGAAAAUAUCAGUCACCUAACAGAGCUGCAGGAGUUCUGGAUGAAUGAUAAUCUCGUUGAGAGCUGGAGUGACCUGGAUGAGUUGAAAGGAGCCAAGAACUUGGAGACUGUGUACCUGGAGCGAAACCCUUUGCAGAAGGAUCCCCAGUACCGGCGCAAAAUCAUGCUGGCCCUCCCGUCUGUCCGGCAGAUCGAUGCCACGUUUGUUCGGUUCUGAACCUCCUGCUGCCCUCUCUCUCCUGCCCUCCUUGGAGAAAUGUCCCAGCUGGGUUUUUUAUCCACUUACCACUCCCCAGGUCUUCAGUACACUGACACUCUCAGAGCAAAUAGUCAACAAAAAGCACUGACUACCAGAUCUUGUGUACAAUGCACUCAUUGUUUUUGAAAUGUUGUUAUUAUUAAAUCUUAACAUAAGAGA